UCAAAUCGCUGAAGCAGACGGUAAAUUGUUGGGUAGGAGGAAACAUCGGUGCUCAGAAUUGAGGACGGAACGUAGAGCAUGCAGGAAUGCAAAAAGAAGUUCGAGGAUUCGAAACUCGCGAGAGACACACAGCAGAAUCACGCAAGAGGUGGAAGCAAAAGUAGCCUAGAUGCCAUGGACAUGUCUCAACCUGAAAAGAAGAAGAAGAAGAAGGUUGAGGAAACGGAAAAGAAUCUCUGCGGAAUAUGCCUGGCAGAGGAGGACGUAAAUGCGAGGGGUAAAAUGGACAGUUGCGAGCAUUACUUCUGUUUUGCGUGCAUUCUGGAGUGGGCCAAGGUCGAGACUCGCUGCCCCACUUGCAGACAGCGCUUUACCACUCUUUCCAGACCCUGUGGGUUUCGAGCCAGAGGCAGGACUCUCAAUCUUCCCUUGCGCAACCAGGUUCAUAUACCUCCAGAUGAGGACAAUGAAGCAGUUCAGGAUCCCUAUCAAGACACAUUCUGUAUUAAAUGCAACGGCAGUGAAGAUGACAGUCUUUUGCUUCUUUGUGAUUUAUGUGAUUCAGCGGCUCAUACAUAUUGCGUUGGGUUAGGGAGGACUGUGCCAACAGGAGAAUGGUACUGCCCUGAAUGUGAAGCAUCUGGUAAUAUAAACUCUGACACAGAGAAAGAUGAUGACGAUGAUGACUUUAUUCUUGAAUUGUAUGAUGAUGAUAUUACUUCAAGAAGCAGUUCAAUGAGAAGAACAGCUUCAACUGCAAAGACUCUGGAAAAAGUUAAUCCACAACCUGUUCUACCAUCAUUAUCAUUGUCUAGACAUGCCACAAGUGCUUCAAGUCUGGGACCAGUGAAUAGAAGACUAAUCCGCAAGCCAGCCCCCAAACUAUCAAAUUCAGCCAGAGCCUUUGCUAGCCAAUCCUCAGCAUCAGCCAGUGGAGCCCAGGUAUCUGGGCCUGCUUCCCUACUACCUUCUGGACCUUCAAGAACUCUUUCUGGUCGACGCUUAUUGCAGGAACGGAUACAGGCUAUGCGUGAAAAUUGGAAAUCACUACAACGUGGUGAGCUUCAAUUCUCUUCACAGCCUUUCUGCUUCAAUGAUAAGAUUAUUGACAGAGCCAAUGAAUGUCCACUUCCUGCUCUUAUUAAUCACCCUAAGGAGAAGAGACAGAAGCCUGACAAUCAAACUGAGAUUGAUCGAGCAUGGGCUAUGAUGGAGUGUGCAAAAUCUUUGGGAGGUAAUGAUCUGGAUCAUGAUAACCAUCGAAAAGCAGAAAGAUCUCAUUUGUCUUUAUCCACCUCUCAGAUUAACAGAAAAGUUUCUAAGGUUAAAUGUACAAGUUUAAGGCCAAUUGAAAGGACAGCUGUGGAUUCAAGAGUGGAUACCACAUCCUUUGCAAAGCAUAACAAUUAUGUUUUGAAUAACAGAAUUUCUUCAGUGGGGUCUACUCCACUUCCGUUCUCUCAAUGUUCGACAACUUCUAGUUCAAAGCUCAUGCCUCAGAUUGGCGGUUCUUCUAAAAGAAGUAAUCAAGCUCCUAUAACUACAAUCUGUGGGGAAGAACAUGUCACAAGGCUAUCAGGGGUGCUCUCUCAAAAGGCCAAUGUGGUUGAUGCCAAUGCAAAGGAGAAGAUAUUGACAUUGGUCAAGAGUCACCUGAAGCAAUUCUACAAAAGCAAACAAUUAAGAAAAUGUGAAUUCAGGGAGGUAGCUAGAAGCUCAACACAUGCAAUUCUAGCAGCUUGCGGAUUCCAUCAUUCAGUACAGAUAGCACACUGCUUAAAAACAAUAUCUUGUGAACACUCAAACCAAUGGAGACAAUCUCCAAGCUUGAUGCCUAUGAGCUGUAAUGAAUGUUUUGUUUCAUUUGUAAAAGACGUAGUAAAUGGCAUUGUAGAAGAGACAAUAAUUAAGUAGAUUGUGUUGAAAAUUAAAUUUUGUGGUAAAAUUAUGACAGCUGUUUUCACCUUAUAUCAGAAAGAUAACAUAUAUAUAAGCAAAAGCUACAAAAUAAUCAUGAUGGAAUGCAAUGCAUUUAAGAUGAGUAAUAAGCCUUUUGUUCGUAGAAGUGGCUUAUUGCUCGUAGAAGUUUUGGUCCA